AUGACGGACUGGAGCCGCAACUCUCCCGGAAGACGCCAUAUACCCAUCGGGCCGCAAGAUGCACGAGGCGUCAAGCUACCGCGUUGGGAGUGGACGGGCCGUGACUCUGGAAGCUAUGAUGGCGCCUACAAGGUUGACUUUCCGCGCAGCAAGGCCUGGGACAUGGACUUUCCCGCACGCAAUGCCGACGGGUCCAUCAUGUCAACCGUUGCACUCAUCAAGACGCCCUAUGGUGCAAAUAAGAAGAGGGCAAACGACGCAACUUCAACGAUUGAGGUUCUCCAGAAGAACAUGAAUCUGAAUUUUGCAGACUAUUCCUAG